AUGUCCCGCGCCGUCACCCGCGCCACCAGACUAGUAACGACCAACGAUGAACUCACCCCUUCCAUCGAAGGCGUGCAAUGCAUCAUGCUCGAAGCCCAAUACCAGAACUUUCUCGGCAACCUGCAUCAAGCAUGGCUGGCCACUCGCAGAGCCACAGCCAUCGCACAAAUGCUGUCUCUCCACCGUGGACUCCCACCAUCAUCCCUAAAGACUCUCGACCCAGCCACCCGCAACACCCUAAACCCAGACUACCUGUGCUUCCGCCUCGUCGAAAUGGACCAUUACCUCUCCCUGAUGCUCGGCCUCCCACCCACCUCCCUUGAGGCACGGUAUCUCUCCCCAAAAGCCCUAGAGACAUGCACGCCGCAAGACCGCAUGCACCGCAUGCACUGCAUCGUGGCAGGACGCAUACUCCACCGCACAGACGGCGACAUCAAUAACCUCUCCCUCACCCAGGAUAUUGACUCCAUGCUCCAAAACGCAGCUGCCCAAAUGCCUCCCCAGUGGUGGCUCAUUCCAGACCUAUUACCCAGCCAUACUCCCAAAGACGCCAUCCACAACACCCUCCGUCUUACUCACCACUUCACGCACUAUCAACUCCUCCUCCGCCUGCACCUGCCCUACAUGCUCCGCUCAUCCCAAGAUACUACGGUGUACGACCAAAGUAAACUCACCAUCAUAACCGUAAGUCGCGAGAUUCUCUCCCGAUAUAUCGCUUUCCGCACCUCGGAUCCAGCGCAGUAUUACUGCCGUGGGGUGGAUUUCAUUGCUUUUGUAGCUACUACAGUGCUGUGUAUUGCGCACAUAGACUCCCCCAGCAAUAUGCAGCACGGGAAGGGAACAAUAGCCACCUUCCUCGCGCAUAGCCGACCUAGUGAUCGCGGGAUGAUGGAGCGGACACUUUCGAUUAUUGAGGAUAUGGCGGGCUCAGGGUCAGGGACGGAUGAGAUUGCGGGGAAGCUGGCAGGUAUAAUGAGACAUUUGUUGGGGGUGGAGGAGAGUGCUGCUGGGGGUGUUGGGUAUGUGGCUAGGGAGGGGGGUGAGGAUAAGAAGGGAGGAGGAGGGGA